AUGGGGCAAAUGGAGUUUCAUUCUAACCUCAGUGCCUGGAUUACAGAAGUUUGUGGAGCCAAGCGUGUGGGUUAUUUUGGGCCUGCUCAGUUUUACACUGCUUUGAAGUUAAUUGCAGCAGCACAGUCAGGUUUCCCAGUACGGAUUGAGAGCAUUAAGAAUGAAUUGCCUCUGCCAUGGUUUAUGGCACUGAGAAAUGACAGUGAAGUACAUUACGGGACUCCAGCAGAACUCCAUGGAGUUAAAUUUCAGGUUCCGCAUGCAACUUUGGAAAAAAAUUCCUACAAAAGAACAGAUGAAGGGGACAAACGGGAACCCAAGUCUCCACCGAUGUCUCCAAUCUGCUCACCUCCUGCUUCUCCAUCUACUUACCAGAGAAUAACCUUAAGUUAUGGAUAUGGUAAAUCAAGAACUGGGCUGGAGCAGCAGCAUGGAGCUCCUUAUGAAAUCAGACACUCUACUCACCAGAAAGAUGGACCAUCAUCAGGGAAUUAUGGACCCAAACCUGCACUUGCCUGUUCAACUCUUAAUCGGUCUCUUUCAGUGGAGCGGGAGCAGCAGGACAGCAGCACCCAUUACUCAGAUGACACUUGGAGGAUAACAGAGGAGCAGCGAGACUACUACAUCAACCAGUUCAGGUCCCUGCAGCCUGACCUGAACUCCUUUAUUUCAGGUUCUGUGGCAAAGAAUUUCUUCACAAAAUCAAAGCUACCCAUCCCAGAACUUUCUCACAUCUGGGAGCUGAGCGACGUGGACUGCGACGGGGCGCUGACGCUCCCGGAGUUCUGUGCCGCUUUCCACCUGGUGGUUGCCAGGAAGAACGGGUACCAGCUGCCCGAGACGCUGCCCGAGACGCUGUUGCCCGAGUACCUUCAGGCAGCUUCUUUGAAGCCCAUGCGUGACUGUGCACUGUUUGAUUCUUACUCUGAGACGUUGGCAGGCAGUCAGCAGACCCGGGACUUCAGCCGGACAGAGAAAUCAGCCGAGGAGGUACCUGAUAAGUCUGCGCUGUUACAAGAUGGAAAGAAAGAUGACAAACAAGCUCUUAAAGCAAGUGCUGCUCUCAAAACGAUACCAAAGGAAUUUCAGCACUUGACUGUGAAAACAGCUGCUCAGGAAUCUAAUGUGCUUAAAGCCAGACCACGAUCCAGGUCUUAUUCUAGCACAUCCAUAGAUGAUGCCAUGAAAAAGGGAGAAGAGCCCCCUACUCCACCUCCGAGACCACAGAAAUCCCAUUCCAGAGCUUCCUCUUUGGAUCUGAACAAAAUAUUUCAACAAAACACACAUGCUGUGAGGUCUGGCUGGCUGCCUCCCCCACCGCCUGCACUGCCCCCUCGACCUUCAGUAUCUCAG